ACAAAUCUAAAGCCUGACACCGAGUCGCACCAGUUCUUCGUUCUUCAGGCUCGUUUGGUUGUCAUCGCUAAAACAAGUUGACUUGGAUGGUGACAAGUGCGAAUAGCUAAAGGAUCCAUAUAUCCCACAGAGAUGAUUUUGAGAACACAGUUUUGGCUGGGCCUCCUCUUCCUGGGGCUGCUCCUCGCCACCAGUGUUUCUGGCGAGGAUGAAGACUAUGGUGGAGAUAUGGGCGGUGGGUCCAACAAUGACGAAAUCUUUGAUACUGCCCAACUGGAAGCGGAAGUUGAAUCAGAGAUGCAGCAGCAUCGCAACAGUCUGGAGGAGGAUCACACCCCGCCCAUGGAACAGGAGAUGAGCACCAUGAGGCCAAUGGAGAGCAGAAUGAAUACCAUGGCCCCGUACUCCGAAGAGAAUACUGCUGCCGAGACAAUGGAGGAGAUGCCAGCCCAAAAGCGGGUAAUUAAAGAGGAAGAUGAGAAAACCUCCAAGGACUACUAUUACGAGGAUACGCCCGAAGAAGAGACGGUGGUCAGCACCACAGCAAGGGUAGUCACCACAAUGAUUCCCGAAUAUGUGCGUCAGGCGAAGGCAGAGAGAUUCCCCCAACGAGAUCAGGAACAUGACGUCUCCGACUAUGUCGUGGAGGAGGAGGCCACAAAAUCGGUGGAAGAGCAACUUCCAGCCGGUUCAUACCAAGUGGAGCAUCUGGAACCCAUUCCUCAGGCUCAAGUCCAACAAUUGCCCAGUAAAGAUAAACCCAAUCCAUUCAAAUACUCCACUGAAGAUGAGUACUACGAUGACCAGACAGAGGUGAAGCCUCACACAACAACUACGACAACACAAGCACCACUGCCCAUAGUGAGAGCUCGUUUUGGUACCUUUCCCUGGGCCACCACUCUGUCACCCAAUCCUCCAGCUGCCAGUACAACAUCUACCUCGACGACCACUACUUCGACUACGACAACGACCACCACAUCAACGACAACGCCCAGUCCAAGGAAACAGGCCAAGCACAUCCAUGUAUCCGGUGGAGUUAAGCCGGAACUAUUGCCCGAUCAGCUGAGGAACUACAUCAAGGAUGUAUACAUUCGCAUGCCUCUGGCCGUGAUUGUGGAUCCCUCAUCCGCAUCUUUGGAGCAGGCGAAGCGUCUUUACAUUGAUGCUUUGCAGGACAAGAAUAUAGACAUUAAGAUUGUCUUGGUGACGCUCAAUGGAGAUGGAGCUCCCUCAGCUUUUAGUUUUAACAAUACCCGAGAGUUCAUUGCUGGCCUAAAUAGCACCAAGGAGCACGAGGGCGGCAACUCAUUUGUGGGCGUGCUCCAUGCAGCCGAACUGGUGCCCUACGACAGUGCCGUGUUUAUAUCAACAGCUUCAAUUCCACCACACACGGAACUGGUCCAGGAUGCGGCUAUUACUCUGCUUAAGAAGAGGAUCAGGCUCUUCCUUCUCUGGUACGGUGAGCGUGGGCAGCGAGAAUGAAACGAGGACGCUGUGGGCGGAAUCCUGGGCGAGGUGGCCAUCCGAUCUGGCGGAGAGAUCAUCCACAUUGUGAGCACCGAGCAUGGGCAGCACAUAGCGGGCAACACGCUCACCCUGGUUGCGGACGCCUAUCAGGGCUCGCAGGAGCUGGAACUGCCAGUGGACACAACGUUGUCCAGCCUCCAUGUGCGCAUUGAUGCGAACAUGAGGCGGGCCUCGAUGGAGACGCCGAAUGGUGAGAUAAACUUGAAGAAAUUGGGUAAAUUUGGCGGAGUUAAUGCCACGGCGACAUUAAAACCCCACGAACUGGAUGCCUUUGUGCCGCUGAACAAGUUGCGACGAACUGCUAUCUACAAGCUGAAGCUCCAACCGGAAUCGGCCGAGGAAAAGUACAAUGUUUUUGUGCGCGCCGAACGAAAGGCUGAUGUGUUUUUGGGCGACAUCAUCAAACGCAUCGAUAGCUAUUACAAAAGCGGACAGACAAAGGCUAAAUCGGCUCGCAUCCAAUUUCCCGACAAGGAGAAGGACACCGAGAAGCUAGAGGAAGAUGUGGAUUCCCCGAAGAGUGAGAUUGAAACCUUCUCAGACAAGGAAAUCCAGAUUGCUCCGAGCUUGAAUCAGACGCUGCUGGCUGCUUCCACCACAGGACAGCCGAGGAGCACCCUUAAUGCCAUGCUUCUGCAGCGAUGUGGCACCAAAAUCGAGCUGAGCACACAGUCCCAGAUCGUGGUUACGGCAGGCCAAAUGGCCACGCUACUUUUUGAGGUCACAAAUAUGCGUUCGGAGGCAGUUUACUCCACUAUACAGGUCACUGACGAGCGUCGUUUCCUUGUGCAGCUAAAUCCUACAAGAUUGAAUUUGCGUGCUCUGGAGACGGGAACCGUGCGGUUGACUGUUUUGGUGCCUUCGGGAACGGCACAAGGCACCACUGAUCGUAUCACAUUUACGAAUUAUGGUCGCGAAACAGCCACCUUGGCGGUUAAUCUUAAGGUGGUAAACACUGUUGAUGCUCAGGACACAACUGGCCCCACGUUGUCUUGGGAGUUUGGCAGUCGCUGUGAUUAUCUAACGCCCGAAUCCCUGAACUGUGGUGAACGUUUUUGGACGCUGGACGUCACCGCCCAGGAUUGGCAGUCGGGAAUGAUGCGGUUGCAGGCCACACCUCCCGAGGGACUCUUCUACCGAAACUACUACACAGCUGGAAGCAACGAGCCACUGAAGGCCACCUACAUGGCAUCCUGUUGCGAACCUAAAGUAUCACUUGUCGCUUAUGACGCAGCCGGCAAUCAGAGGAGCCUCACUAUCGAUGUGAGGGAUGUGUAUUUCAGUGAAGCCGCCAUCGCAGCAAUUUGUCUGGGUGUAAUUCUAUUGCUCCUUCUGAUUGUUGCAAUCAUCUGGAGCAUAGUAUGCUGCUACAGGCGGCGAAAGGUGUCUCUAGAACUGCCUACCUAUAGAUCCCACUCCACCAGAAGCAUGGAGUAGGUACAUACUUGUUUUGUUAUUAUUGUGCCAAAAAAAAAAC